CACAGCUCACUGCUCGGCUCAAUGUGAUAAGUGUCGCGCUGCGCCGGAAAAUAUUAGCUUCGUCGGACCUGUUUCCAUUGAGUGCGAUUCAGUGCUUGAGACCGGUUCAAAUCGAUUGAAGCAAAAUUGCGGCGCUACGUUGGCGUGCGGAUGCAAAGUACACGGAAUCGUCAACUUAACGAACGAACGAACGGUACGACCGUGUGUCAGAAAAUUCAACUUAAAUUAAAUACAUAUACACGUACGAACGCAAAAUUACAACUGCAAAGAAAUUGUUUAAAGUUAUUUAAAGAAUAGAAAACAGUGCUUGGUAAUUGAAAAUGCAAACAAAGUGUUAUGGAAAGUAAUUCCAAGCCAAAGCAAGUGCGUGUGUCAAAGUGAAAAUAAAUAAAAUAAUUUUAAAAUUUAAAAUCUAACAAAUUUGCAUGAAACCAUUAAUGUUCAUAAGCAGCAAAAGUACAAAAUUAUAGAAAAUUUAAUCAAUAAAGAAAAAGUGUAAAAAUCGCAAAUCAGUUGAAGUUUUGGUAAAAAGACAAGUUUGUGUUGGAAAAGCUGUUUUAUUUAGCAGCAGACUGUAAUUCAAAAGUUGACAAAAACAGCGAAAUUCAAUUGCUGCUCAUUGGAAAUCACUUUAGUCAUAAGCAAAUGCUUUGCCCAACAACAACAACAACAACCAACCAAAUCGUACGUGCAACAUAUGCAAAUACACAUAUCUGCCCAUUCGUUUCUAUGUAUGUAUGAAUGUGUGUGCGGCAAGUAACACUCACGUAUUAGCGAAUUUGCAUAGCAAAUAAUAUUAUUUUGUCGCUGCAACAUUUCGCGCCGUAAACAAGCAAACAACAUACGCGUGUGUUGCAAGUAAACAUUUGUGCGCCCAAUUGUGAUUUGUCUGUGUGUGUGUGUUGCCAAAGUAACUGAAAGUGUCAUCUUCAGCGUUUUUCGCGUGCGCGUACUUGCCGCGUGUGUUUGUGUGCGUGUGUGCGCUUGAGCGCUACAAUUUGCGUCGAAAAGAAAUUUAUUUGCUUUUACCUGCCUCUUAAACGUGCAACAUACUUACUAACACACCGGUUGUUUGUCUAACAAAUCACAACUGAAUUGGAUUAUUUACGUGCCACCUCUUACUAAUUGGAUUUGAAGCAUUUUAAAUGCUAUUGCUGCUUAAAGUGAAGUGAUUGCUGCCACUGUUGGUGUGUCACCGGUGUGUUGCAGUAAACCACUACAAAAACAAUAACCCAACAAAAUAGACGGGGAAAAUUUGAUUCAUUUGUUGGCGCACAGUGUGUGCUCGGCUUUAGUUACUGCAAUUGACUUCAAUCACAUGUGACAACAGCAGACGAUAAGCCCAAAAAAAGGAUAAUAAUCAAAGCGAAAGAACGCUGAGAGUUGGAAAAUUGCAACAAAAAGAAUUGAAAAAAGCGCAAAAAAGCUUAGGAAUGUGUCGGCACAUCAGAUUGUGUUGAAAAUUCCUGCACACAAAGUGAUAAUCGUAUAAAAUAUUGUACAGAGAAAACUACAAAGUAUACACUCGUGCCAUAAAAAAUUGCACAGUAGUGGCUGAGAACCUAAAACAAGCGGGGCACAUACGGCGCUGGUGUAUGUCGAAUGGGAGGAAGCGGUUUCAAUCUCACUAAAGUACACAUUUUAAGUUGAGCAUAAGCGCAGGCACAUCCUGUGAAUUGAAUGCCAACUAAUCCUCUGCCAAGCAAUAAAGAAACUAGAAAGCAAAACAAAAGUUACUACGCUUACACACACAUACACAUAGAAGAAAGCUUAGAUAAAGGUUAAAAAAAACUUUAGAGUUUACAGUAGCAAAAGGCAACAACAAACAAACAAAAAAUAAAAAUAAUAAAGGACUAGCAACGUGCAAACAAAAAGUAAAUAAAAUGCCUGCCAUAACAAGUGAAGCGACAAGACCCGCGCCCACCCGCUGCCUACGGCCAAUCAGAGCGACAGUGCUUGCCGCAGCGACAGCAGCCGCCUCACUGCUCACAUCCGCAGCAACAGUGGCAGCGGCAGCAGCAGCAGCUGCGACAACAUCGUCCACAACAACAACUACAGCAACAGCAACGGCAACAGCCGGCAUCGCCAGCUACAACCACAAUAGCAUAUCAACUCAACAGCCGGAUGCUUUGGAGCGACGACUGCAACCAGAUGUCGAUACGGACACCGGAGGUGGAAGUAGAGUAGGCGUAAAUGUUGAUCUAACUGCCGCCUCCGUUGCCGCACUGCCCAGCCGCCUCGCCAAUAAGUUGCUAACCAAUUUUCUGCCUGCCAUCGAUGCCGUCACAAAUGCCACCACCACCAACACACUCACCAGCAGCAGCCACAGCAGCACUAUCAGUAGUAGUAGCAGUAGUGGUAUUAGCAAUCGUGGUGCUGCUGUCACAUAUCCAACCUUCCGGCCGCCGAGUAUAGAGAAUCUUGUCGCAAGUUCAGCUGAGGAUUUGAGCAAUUUUCGUGAUGUGUCCUUCGAUAUAUUCGACGACGAUGACGAUUUGUUUGGCUCGCCAUUGGCAUUUGAUGCUUCCGAUAAUGGCUUGUGGAAUGGCCGUUUCGUGCCGCCACCACCCCGUCCACCAUUCCUAGUCGAUGAGCCGGUGCUGAGUGAUGGACUGACAACGUGUGAUUUGUGCUCAUGGGCCAUGCCAACGAAGAGUACAUUCAUGUUCGAGGGCACAAUAGAAAAAGCUUCCGAAUUGGGCUGGCCCUUGACGCUGAUUAUCGUUUCGGUGCUGUCAGCAUUGCUGGGAGCGAUUGUCAUGGUGACGGUUGUGCGCUGCAGAAGGAAAAAACCCACGAACAACCGUAACGAGACGCAUGUGCAAUGGUGGUCACGCAACAAGCGCACCAACGGCAGCAACAACAACAAUCAUUUGCGCCGCAGCAAUAUUUAUACAGCACAUCCAGCGGAUAGUGUGCGCGGCUUGCAGCAGCCAUCGCUGUCGGCCGCCUCAUCGCUGACCACAAUGACCGCAAUGGGCGCAUCAGCGGGACCCCUGCAUUCGAACGCGGUCACGCCGAAUGCCACGCAGCCGCCACAGCUGCCACACCAACAACAGCAACAGCAGCAACAACAAUACUACCACCAUCCAUAUCAACAGCAUCAAGCGUCGCUACACCGCAGCAUCAGCGGUCAUCAGCGCGCGCCCGAUUAUGAAUACGAGCACGAAUACCAUCAACCGCAGGAGCUGCAAUUGCAGCUGCAACAUCAACGCCAACACAGCUCGUCGCUGUCAUCGCUGUCCGACACGCCAACCCUACCGGUGACGGUGGCGAACAACAAUAAAUCGCGCACGCUGCAACUGCAACAUCAGCCGUUGCAACACCACCAUCAGCAGCAACAACAACAACACUCACAGCACCAGCAGCAAGCGGCCUACAAUGUGUCCGAUGGUGUGACAGUUGGCUUCGGCGCGGGUGUGGUUGGUGUCGGUGUGGGCAUGAGCCGGCGCGGCACUGGCGAAAUGUGUGACGAGUCCGCAUGUCGUUGGCCGAAUGCAACAAUUGUGGUGGCCAGCUGAGUGAAAGCGUACAAAAGUCGUAUGCCCGCGACGUUGAGCGGCGCAAUGACGUUGCUACCGGUGCAUCCGUAUCGCGACCAUUAUCAGCGGCAACAACAGCAGCAGCAGCAUCAGCAGCAGUUGCAGCGGCAACAGCGCGAAGUGGAGGCCACCGAAUUUGUUUGGACGAAAUCAUGCAGCUCGGAGCAAUUAAAGAAUGAUUGGAUAUGGCAUUGAGCGCGCCAGCGGUGGGCAUGUGUUGGUGCAGUGCGCGGUGAGACAAAGCUUGCGCCAAGUAAAGUAAGCUGGUUUAUGAAACGCUCCUGUUUGUAAAUAUAAAAUGAAAUUUUGAGGACCUUAGUGUAGCGAGAAAGCAGUUAUUUUGUCCAAAUGUAGAUCAUGUGAGAAUCGAGGUUUGCUUUGAAGAAUUAUCAGCGAAAGAUUGCUAACGCACCCCGAAAGAGUUACGUCCCAAACGAGUGAAAUUGAUUCUUAUUCAAAAUAUUUUUUGUAAACUGAGGGUCAAGUUGUCUUUUUUGAAUCUCUGAUAUGAUUUCUUAGUCUUUUGUCUCACAUUCUUGCUUUGGAAAUCUGGUGAUGAAGUCAGACAGUAUUUUCCGUUCUGCGAGGCCAUUUAGACUUGCAUAUCAUAACGUAAAUAUUAUUACAAAACCAAAUAAGUAGGUGGAAAGUUUAGUAUUAUCUCCAAAAACUGCCAUUGAGACUCUCAGUUAUGACCUCUCUCUCUCACAGUUAUGCUCUGUCUCUCAGUUAUACUCGCUCAUAUCACAGAAACUCUUUGGAAACAGUGUAAGUUGUCCCAGCAGUUUCGCAACGACACAUGCAACAGCUGCAGCUGUCUCCAAAAACUCUUGAAAACCGAAGCGCACAUGUUUUCGUAUAUUAACGAAGUAAUUAACAGUUAUUUACAUACAAAUCUAUUUCACACACUUUAAGCAAGACGCCAGCUCAAGUGGCAAAGCAACUGCUGUGAGUCAAAUAAGUUGUUCUAUUUAUUGAUUGGACACAGCAACUGAUAUAGAUCUCUAGUCUGCAAUCACUUAUUUAUGAGUUCCGAGAGGCAAGUCGACAGCGUCUUUUUAGUGACAAGUAUUUACAACUUUACGCACACGCUCGUCAGUAGUUAAUUUUUUGCCGUUUUGGAAACAUUUUCUAGCGCAAAAUUUUCCUGGAACCGCUUCCCUACAAAUCGACGCAUAUAAAUAUUUAUUGGCUUGGCAGCCACCAUAUGCUGAGUACUGAGUACUUACCGGGAAUUGAAACGGAUACUUUCAGCAUUGCGACGUGCUUAUACGUCCAAGGCAUGUAAAGUUGUUUGAGUUUUUUUCGAUUGCAUUCUUGUUGUUGUCUUAGCCUUUUUGUAUUUUUUUGUAUGCCUGCCGUGCACAACAAUCCACUUUAAAUUGCACCCAUAAGAACCGUCAAAUCUCUAACAAUCCCGUAUGUUUUUCCGUAUCUUUUUCGUUGUUUCUUUUGCCUUUGCUCGCAAUCGCCAGCAUAUCAUACAAAUUAUCAGCGAUCAAAAAUUCUAAGCACACGUUCACAGUCGCAAUUUAACGAUGGUAUCAUGGCAAGACAUAAUCCUUAAAAAUACUCCACUGGAGACACACAUACUUCAACAACAACAUCAGACCGUGUGUGUGUUUGUCGGCAUGCGCGUGUGUUGUGUGGAUGCCAAUAGUCCUGCCGACUGGAAAGUAGUAACCACUGGCCGACUGGCGACACACGCUGAUUUUCAGGCGCUCACACACAUUCACACAUACACACACACGUGCAGGCCUUCCGGUGCGAGUGCAGCAUUCAAGAGGCAGUGAGAAAAAAAAAAACAAAUAAAACAACUAAAAAAGUAACAAUCGUAGCCAAGUGUUGAAGAAAUAAAGAAUGAGUGCUUUCACUGAAAAAUAAAAACAAAAAAAAACAUUGAGAAAAAUAAAUGUUGCAGCAGCAUUUCGCUGGCGGCAUAACUGUUUGCAUGUGUAUGUGUGUGCAUUUGUCUACCAGCAAUGACAUCAGCAUGUCAGUCACGUUUCGUCCUUUGUGAGCAGCGUCUUUCACACACACACACGCACGCGUGCACACAAGCUCACGUUUAUGCACUUGUUAAGUCGCAUAAGAACCCCGCAGUGAAAUUAAACGAUUUCUUACUGCCGGGUUUCUGUUGAACGAACGAGGAAUUCUUUAUAAAAAAGUAAACUGCUACUCGUGGCGCUUGGCAUUUUCAAGCAUUUCCAAAGGCUAUGUGUUGGUUUUUAUGUCAAUUGCACUCAUUUCCGUUAAUUCGCAACCAGUUCUUUGGAAAAAAGACUGGCUCGCUGCAUUUCCUUCUUCAUUAGUCGGUUCAUUCUGCUGUCAUAUUUCAUAUCCUCUCCGAAAUAAGAUAAGAUAACUCAAUUGGCUUGUGCAGUUGAUGGGAUUUCUUUGGCGCAAAACACCGUGACCAACGCAGUUUCGUGCUUCGGCUGAUACAAAAACAAAACAAUGAAGGAAUUCAAAGUGCGGCUGCCGUGCUAUCUGUUAUUGGAUCUCAUAGAGCUUAAAUUAAUGGAAAGUGUUUUUUUCGCGCAUGAGAGCUUAGAGUAACUGAUUAUGAAAUAUUGGUUCUCAGAGUUUCUUUGAGAAGGCGGAAGCACUGAAAACUACCAGGGUUAACUUAGAGCUUUCAUUAAGCUUUCAUUCUUUCCAAUCAAAAUGUGAAUACAACUGAAGCAGGAAAGCUUGGGUGAACUAUAAGCAAGGGUUGUUAACAAAAAAGUAGAGUUUUGAGUUCAAAAAUCAGUUUUUUGAGAGAGACUAAACUUAUAUUAUUUUUGAAAGUUCUGGAAAUUUAGAAAAACGUAUUUUCUUACGGAGUGCGUGGUCAGCAAUAAUUCGCAUGUUCAAAGUUACACUCACCGACAGGCAUUUUUAUAUCAAUCCAUAAAAUAAAUCCACAUAUUUGAGCAUACAUUUUGCUGAGCGUGUAAAAAUCUUAAUCAACUGAUAAAAAAGUGGUAAUUUAUGGCAGAAAAAAUAACAGCAACUCAUGCAGUUAAAGAGGACUAUAAAAUGAUUGCAUGAGUGCGUGAAAAAAUCAUAUCAGAACGAAAAAAAUCAUAUUUUUAUGACCAAAAAUAGACAAGUGAAUAUUUGUACGAAUAUAAGUGAUAACAAAAACAGUUAAAGCAGCGCAAAAUGCGUGGCAAGUGCUUGUAAAUAAAUUGCGAAAAAUUAUAUUUAAACGAAAAAAUUGCUAAACCGAAAUAUUGCCACAAAUUGAUAAAGCAGAAAUUAAUUGAAAUUAGAAAAAAUUACUUCAACUCCACAAACGGUUGUUAUAUAAAAAAAAUGUAAAAAAAUCAUAGAAAUUAAUUUUGAAAAAAUAAAAAUUAAAUUUUAAUUUUGAAAAAAAGAAUUUUUUUAUGCUAAAUUUACUAGAGUGUCGAAAACUGGUGGCAGAAAAAUAAAUAAAUCAGUCCAAGCAAUGCAAAAUGUUGUUGUGAGUAAACAGAAAUGUCAAAACAGCUAACAGCGCUGUAACAAAAAUCAAUAAUACCGCAAAUUUAUUUCAAAAUGGCUAAGUACACUGAAAAAAUUUUUGCUUAAGUAGUAAUUGUAAAGUAAUUUGUAAAAAAUUU